CCAGAGAGCCCUGGGGACGCUCAGCUAACCUGUCUCUUUCUCUUUAUCUGUGUCUGGCUCUCCCUCCCUCUCUGCCUCUCUUUGUGGAGGGAGGUUUUCUCCUUUUUUCUUUCAUCCUUGGGAUGUAUGUGUCUCUGACUCCUCCCCCCCCCCCCCCCGCACUGUGUGCUCAUCUUUUCUCUUCGUGCUUCUGUCUUCUGUCUCCCUCCCUGUACCCACCCUGAUCUCUCUGCAGGACCCUCUGGUGGACAUGGGUGGUGCCCUGGGGCCCGCCCUGCUGCUCACUUCACUCCUCGGUGCCUGGGCAGGGCUGGGCCCGGGGCAGGGUGAGCAAGCUAUGACGGUGGCCGUAGUGUUUGGCAGCUCGGGGCCACCGCAGGCCCAAGCUCGUACCCGCCUCACCUCCCAGAGCUUCGUGGACCUGCCUCUGGAGAUCCAGCCGCUCACCGUGGGGGUCAACAACACCAAUCCCAGCAGCCUCCUCACCCAGAUCUGCGGGCUCCUAGGCGCUGCCCGCGUCCAUGGCAUCGUCUUUGAGGACAACAUGGGCACCGAGGCCGUGGCCCAGAUCCUGGACUUCAUCUCCUCCCAGACCCAUGUGCCCAUCCUCAGCAUCAGUGGGGGCUCUGCUGUGGUCCUCACCCCCAAGGAGCCGGGCUCGGCCUUCCUGCAGCUGGGCGUUUCCCUGGAGCAGCAGCUGCAGGUGCUGUUCAAGGUGCUGGAGGAGUACGACUGGAGCGCGUUCGCCGUCAUCACCAGCCUGCACCCGGGGCACGCGCUCUUCCUGGAGGGGGUGCGCGCCGUCGCCGACGCCAGCUACCUGAGCUGGCGGCUGCUGGACGUGCUCACGCUGGAGCUGGGCCCGGGCGGGCAGCGCGCACACACCCAGCGCCUGCUGCGCCAGCUCGACGCCCCGGUGCUGGUGGCCUACUGCUCGCGCGAGGAGGCCGAGGUGCUUUUCGCCGAGGCGGCGCAGGCCGGCCUGGUGGGGCCCGGACACGUGUGGCUGGUGCCCAGCCUGGCGCUGGGGAGCACCGACGCGCCUCCCGCCGCCUUCCCCGUGGGGCUCAUCAGCGUCGUCACCGAGAGCUGGCGCCUCAGCCUGCGCCAGAAGGUCCGCGACGGCGUGGCCAUCCUGGCCCUGGGCGCCCACGGCUACCAGCGGCAGCACGGCGCCCUGCCCUCCCCGGCUGGGGACUGUCGUGGCCACCCUGGGCCCAUCAGCCCUGCCCGGAAGGCCUUCUACAGGCACCUACUGAAUGUCACCUGGGAGGGCCGAGACUUCUCCUUCAGCCCUGGUGGGUACCUGGUCCAGCCCACCAUGGUUGUGAUCGCCCUCAACCGUCACCGCCUCUGGGAGAUGGUGGGGCGCUGGGACCAUGGUGUCCUCCACAUGAAGUACCCAGUGUGGCCUCGCUAUAGUGCCUCCCUGCAGCCUGUAGUGGACAGCCGGCACCUGACGGUGGCCACGCUGGAAGAGCGGCCCUUUGUCAUUGUGGAGAGCCCUGACCCCAGCACGGGCGGCUGUGUGCCCAACACUGUGCCCUGCCGCAGGCAGAGCAACCACACCUUCAGCGGUGACACGGCCCCCUACACCAAGCUCUGCUGUAAGGGCUUCUGCAUUGACAUCCUCAAGAAGCUGGCCAAGGUGGUCAAGUUCUCCUAUGACCUGUACCUGGUGACCAACGGCAAGCAUGGCAAGAGGGUUCGAGGCGUGUGGAACGGCAUGAUCGGGGAGGUGUACUACCAGCGGGCAGACAUGGCCAUCGGCUCCCUCACCAUCAACGAGGAGCGUUCCGAGAUUGUGGACUUCUCUGUGCCUUUUGUGGAGACGGGCAUCAGUGUGAUGGUGGCACGCAGCAAUGGCACCGUGUCCCCCUCGGCCUUCCUGGAGCCCUACAGCCCUUCAGUGUGGGUGAUGAUGUUUGUCAUGUGUCUCACCGUGGUGGCCAUCACAGUCUUCAUGUUUGAGUACUUCAGCCCUGUCAGCUACAACCAGAACCUCACCAGUGGCAAGAAGUCUGGGGGCCCAUCCUUCACCAUCGGCAAGUCUGUGUGGCUGCUGUGGGCGCUGGUCUUCAACAACUCGGUGCCCAUCGAGAACCCCCGAGGCACCACCAGCAAGAUCAUGGUCCUAGUCUGGGCCUUCUUCGCCGUCAUUUUCCUCGCCAGCUACACCGCCAACUUGGCCGCCUUCAUGAUCCAGGAGCAGUACAUCGAUACUGUGUCUGGCCUCAGUGAUAAGAAGUUUCAGCGGCCUCAAGAUCAGUACCCACCCUUCCGCUUCGGCACGGUGCCCAACGGCAGCACAGAGCGGAACAUUCGCAGCAACUACCGAGAGAUGCACACCCACAUGGUCAAGUUCAACCAGCGUUCGGUGGAGGAUGCGCUCACCAGCCUCAAGAUGGGGAAGCUGGAUGCCUUCAUCUAUGAUGCUGCUGUCCUCAACUACAUGGCGGGCAAGGACGAGGGCUGCAAGCUGGUCACCAUUGGCUCUGGCAAGGUUUUUGCCACCACUGGCUACGGCAUCGCCAUGCAGAAGGACUCCCACUGGAAGCGGGCCAUAGACCUGGCGCUCCUGCAGUUCCUGGGGGAUGGGGAGACACAGAAGCUGGAGACAGUGUGGCUCUCGGGGAUCUGCCAGAACGAGAAGAACGAGGUAAUGAGCAGCAAGCUGGACAUCGACAACAUGGCGGGCGUCUUCUACAUGCUGCUGGUGGCCAUGGGACUGGCCCUGCUGGUCUUUGCCUGGGAGCACCUGGUCUACUGGAAGCUGCGCCACUCAGUGCCCAACACGUCUCGGCUGGACUUCCUGCUGGCUUUCAGUAGGGGCAUCUACAGCUGCUUCAGCGGGGUGCAGAGCCUGGCCAGCCCCGCGCGGCCGCCCAGCCCGGACCUGACUGCCGGCUCGGCCCAGGCCAGCGUGCUCAAGAUGCUGCAGGCGGCGCGUGACAUGGUGACCACGGCUGGCGUGAGCAGCUCCCUGGACCGCGCCACGCGCACCAUCGAGAGCUGGGGCAGCAGCCGCCGCGCUCCCCCGCCACCCGCCUGCCCCGGCCCGCGGCCACCCACGCCCGGCCCGUCCCCGGCGCCCAGCCCCCCGGGCCGGGGGCCGCCGGGCGGGGGUCGUGCCGCGCUGGCGCGCAGGGCUCCGCAGCUCCCGGGCCGCCCUCCGACGCCUGGGCCGUCGCCGCCAGACGUGUCCCGGGUGUCGGGCAGGCCGCCCCGGGAGGUGCGACGGCCGGUGCAGGCCGGGCGCGGCGGGCGGCACCUGUCGGCCUCCGAGCGGCGCGCGCUCCCAGCGCGCCCCCUGUCGCCCGAGCGCUGCCACUACAGCUCCUUCCCUCGAGCCGACCGGUCGGGGCGCCCCUUCCUCCCGCUCUUCCCGGAGCCCCCGGAGCCAGAGGACCUGCCGCUACUCGGGCCGGAGCAGCUGGCUCGGCGGGAGGCCCUGUUGCGCGAGGCCUGGGCCCAGGGUCCACGCCCGCGCCACGCUUCCCUGCCCAGCUCGGUGGCCGAGGCCUUCGUCCAGCCCCGGUCGCUGCCCACUGGGUGUGGCCGCCCGGCCUGCCGGCGCUUGGCGCAGGCGCCGUCGAUGCGGCUGCCGUCCUACCGGGAGGCCUGCCAGGAGAGCGUGUGGGCCAGGGUCCCCGUCUGGCCGCACAGACAGCACGCCUGCCUGCACGCCCACGUGCCGCUUUGCUGGGGGGCCGUCUGUCCCCACCUCCCCCGCUGUGCCAGCCAUGGCCCCUGGCUCACUGGGGCCUGGGGGCCUCCGAGGCACAGAGGCAGGACCCUGGGGCUGAGCACAGGCUACAGGGACAAUGGGGGGCUGGAAGAGGUCAGCAGGGUGGCCUGUGGGACACACGGCUUCCCUGGACCUUGUACCUGGAGGCGGAUCUCCAGCUUGGAGUCAGAAGUGUGAGGGGUCAGCUACUGUGGUUCCUGGUCAACUGGAUUCUCUGCCUGGCACUUCCAGGGUUAGUGCGGGCAGGCGUUUCUGGAUUCCGCCCUGAAAUCCUGGCCUUGGGUCCCCAGUGACAGAUGUCUUCCAUGGUCAGUUGAGUGAUCUCGGCGGUCUCCGGUCCUGGUGUGGUCCGGGUGGGCUGUUGUUGUCCUCUUAUGCAAAGCCCUUCCCGCCUGUCCUGGAGUCACUGGGAGCAGUGAUGUCUCCCUGCCCUGAUGUUAGCUAGUUUCUAGUCAAGACUGCGGGGGCCUGGUGUAGGAGUAUGG